CGAUGAUCGUGCAAUGUGACAAGUGAUUCGUAGAAAGUUUUCACUGCCGCCCUCCCUCCACCGUCUUCAGUGCAUGCAGCUGUUUAUGUACAUGGAGUUCGAGCACUUUGUGUAGUCAUGUGUAGUUUCCAUGCGCAAGGUAGUACUGCGCCAAUGAUAUGGCUGCACAAUUUACGUGAUAACACGACGUGACACUACCUGCACUUUCCAGAGUACAGUUGUUAGUCUAGUCCACGAGUGAUGGAACUUAUUGUUUUUCCGUUUCGGAAUACAGUGUCAGCAGUACGAGAACCAUUUCAGUACGCCAACAGUACUUCCUCUAGUGUACGAAAUUUUGUACAUGAAAACAUUUAUCUCAUAGGAUGUAGAAUGUUAUUGCGAAUAGUCGGAUGCAUCUCAUGUAAUUAUUUCCAUGUCGUCCGGUGUUAAACCAUAGAGGUAUUUGUCAAACUCGCGUAUACGGUUGUGUCGGACUAAUAGUAGUCUUUCAUUAUGACAACGUGCAAGUAUUUUCUACAAGGCAAUUGUCGUUUCGGCCAAUAUUGUCGAUUCGCACAUACAGCCAAUACAAAUUACGGUGAUAACUCGGCCCUGGCAAACAAGCCCAGUUACACAGGAGUAAAGACAUUAGCCUUUGCAGUUGCUGAGGAAGUCUUGUUCGUUGAACGAGGUGGACAAUGGCCGUUAUCUUGUUUCGGUCCAUUCAAAGAACGACCGUGUAUACCAGGCAUGGAAGACUUUUCACCUGAUGAAUUUCAUUGGGAAAUAUAUCAAGCACAAAAAAAUGGCACCGUCGAACAGACUAAACUUCAAUUCCAACAAUUGUGUCAAGAUAUGAAAGCUAAACGUGACCUUUUGAAAAAUCCUACGCAAGAAAUUGCAGCUAUGCUGGAAUAUCUUCAAAAAAGUGGGCAAGAUAACACUUUUAAUACAAAUAAUUCCUUGACGAAACAUUCAAACUUCUCAUUUGCUACUCCUCAAUUGGCAAUACCCAGCACGGGUACACCUGCAUCGAACUUGUUUACUUCAAAGCCAUUUAAUGCCAUCAACACUUCCAAUCCCUUUGGAGGAGCGACAUCAACGUUCGGUGCUACAGGCCCAACAAUUUUCGCCUUUAGCAGUCCAACAAACAAUUCAACUUUUGGCGCAAAGCCAAAUUUUGGUGCCAAUCCUGUUUUUGGAGGUACUGGAAAUCCUGUGUCGUCAUUUGGUACUGCUGUCAACAAUCCAAGUUCAGUAUUUGCUGGUGGAAAUCAGAAUGCUUCAUCUUUCGGGAAUACUGCUGCUCAAAAUCCACCCGCUUUUAAUGCCCAGCCUGUAUUUGGUCAAUCUAGUGCAUUUGGUACUUCAAAUUCAGAGAACACCCCUUUUGGAAGACUGCAAUCGACUCAAUCAAAUACAAUAUUUGGUGGAACCACGACACUGACCAAUUCCGUAUUUGGUGGAACAGCACCGACUGCAGCAACUACCUCAAUUUUUGCUAGUACCCAACCUGCUACAACGUCAUUGUUUGGUGGGGUAUCCCAACAAACUGCAAGUUCUAUUUUUGGUGGAUCAUCAAUGACGGGGAAUAGCUCAUUGGGAUCUGCGCAGACUUCUCUAUUCGGACAACCAAAGACUGGUACGAUUUUUGGUGGCGGUCCAGUAUUUGGUGGGGCUCCAACCUUCGGUGCGCAAUCAACCCCAGGAAUAUUUGGUGGGCAAUCAACCUUUGGGAGUGUUCCUACAACUUCAAGUAAUGUUUUUGGUGGGACAACUGCGGCUACACCAACGUUUGGAUCCAUUGGACACACUGCUCCUACAUCAUUUAGCUCUGUGGUCAAAUCUCAGACAGCCAAUUUCAGCAAUAACCAAAAUCCGCCCCCAUUUGGGUCACCAGUAUCUACAUCUAGUGCAAGCCCAUUUAAUUCUAUAGUAUCUACAGGUAGCACACCAUUCGUUAAAUCUCCAGGGCCAUUUACCACUGCUACAGUUGCGUUAACUCCGUUUUCUGGAGCUAAUCGGUUCGGAUCUGUUGGUCAAACGAUAGACUCAACUGUAGGAUUUGGCGCAACUCCAACACAGUCAGAAACGCCAUUUGGGACUACUCAUGCAGUUGAUAUUUCACCAUUCAGCCAAGGAUCAUCAUUCGGAGGUGUGCCAAAUUCUUCGCCAUUUUCUACUACCAAUACUAUCGUUUCCACAGCCGCCAGUCCAUUUGCAAAUCAGUCACAGCUGACUAGCAAUUCACCUUUCGUAGGAUCUAAUUUGACCAGCCAAGGAUCCGUGCUCACAUCAUCGCAAACUACGUUGUUUGCUAAUUCACCAUUUGCAUCUGUGCAGAGGGAGAUUGAGAGUAUUGAUGAAAGUUCUUAUACAAUUGAAGGACAGCUAACAGAUGAUGAAAAAGCCGUGUACUUAGCUAAACAGUUUACGUUAGGCAGGAUUCCAUUGAAACCACCUACAAAAGAACUACGUUAAUUCAUCAACAGCAAUAAAAAUUUUACUAGCAUACUUUACAGUUGUGAGCUACUGGUUGAAACAGUGGUUUGUGAUGUUUAAAUCGAGCUAAACUUCAUAAUUCUUUGAAUUAAAGUCUUUUCUGGAUUUUUUAUUUACUAUUUAAUAUGCUUUAGAAAUCUAACACGGUAUUAGCUCUGCAUAUUUUUUUGGAUUUGAAGACCUUUCAAUGUUUAAAUUUGUCAAACCAUGAGUGUAUGAUCUAUCGAUGCCAUGAAAACGUGUUUGAAGUGUAUUAGUAGUACAUAGCUCUCUAAAAACUCAUUGAUCAAGGUCCAGCCCACGUUUAUUGUUAGUAGUGCAACGAAAUUAACUUUAAAACGAUAUUUUUAAGUAUCGAACUUUGAUACAAUAGAGAAUAAAAAUAUAUUUAUUAAA